AUGGAGACCGCCGUGAGGACUCUCGCUCAAGCUCAACAACAUCCUGUCCCGUUAAGACAGCAACGAGAAGCUCCGAUCUUUGAUGACGACGAAGAAGUUUUUGAGAAUCCAUUUGCGGACCCAAAUCAACGUGGUGAGCAGCAGCACCGUGAUGUUAUAGCAGCACCACGAGUUGAUAAUCGGAGAUGGGAGUCAGGUUUCAAACUUGAACUGCCAGAAUUUUCGGGUGGACUCAAACCAGAGGAGUUUCUUGACUGGAUUAACACGACCGAAGAACUGCUUGAAUUCAAGGAAGUCCCUGCAGAGAUGCGUGUGUCUUUAGUAGCAACACGCUUUCUGAGUCACGCAUCUGCGUGGUGGCAUCAAUUGAAAGAGUCUCGCGUUCGCGCAGGAAAAGGACGCAUCACGUCUUGGGAGAAAUUAACAAGAAAGAUGAGGAAGGCUUUUCUUCCUUACAACUACACCCGUACUUUGUACACAAAAUUACAGAAUCUGAGACAGGGAGCUAGAUCUGUUGAUGAAUAUGCAGCCGAGUUUUUCUCCUUGAUGUCUCGCAACGUGUUAACAGAGAAUGAAGAACAGAGAGUUUCUCGAUUUAGUGGUGGAUUGCGCGCAGCAAUCCGGAGUGCUCUGCUACAAUUUAAUCUUGUUUCUGUUUCUGAAGCUCAUCAACGUACCGUCCUAAUUGAACAACAUUCCCGUAAUCAACCAUCAUCUUGGACCUCGCAGCGUACACGCCUUAACCCGAAUUCCGAAACCACACUCUCCAAGGCACUUGAACACGCUAAAACUACAGAUCACACAGAAGCAAAUUCCUCUUUGGUACCACAACGACCUGCAACUUACAAGUGUUUUAAAUGUUGUGAAGCUGGCCAUCGCCAAUCUACUUGUCCGCAGCUUCAGCGUCGUGGGUUAUUGGCUAAAGUUGAACCUGUUUUUGAUGAUUAUGAUGAUGAUGAAGAGCGUGAUGAAGAGGAAGAACGCUUGUUGGGAGAUACUGGUCCCUUCUUGGUGAUUCGCAGAAACUAUCUUAUGCCACAAGGAGUUGAAGAAUCGUGGUUACAGGCUGCAACCAAGCUUGCCUUGUUUACGGAGCCUCAUCCUUAUCCUUACAAGAUCGCUUGGCUUACCUCCAAAACAGACAUUCGUAUGUCUAAGCGAUGUAAAGUUCCGUUUUUGAUGGGCCUGCAUUACAAAGAUGUGGUGUAUUAUGAUGUCUUGCAUAUGGAUGCAUGUCACAUUCUUUUGGGACGUCCAUGGCAAUAUGAUCGCCGCACUACACAUGAUGGUUUCGCCAAUACACACAGCUUUACUUAUGAGGACCGCCGUAUCACUUUGAUUCCAUCACAGGUUGCGUCGGACCCAAUCAUUACAAGCACAGACAUUGAGUCUCCUUCUGCCCCAGUUCCCAACAGCAAGCCAUCAUUGUUGGCCACCAAAUCAGAAAUUAUGGCUGAAAUUGAUGAUUCAGAUGUCGUUUUCUUUUUGCGUUUCAAACCACAUAUUUUAUCUUUGCUUCCUACAGUUCCUGUAAUUUUUGACAAGCUCUUGAUUGAAUUUGCGGUUGUUUUUCCAGCCGAGUUACUAGAUUGUCUGCCUCCUUUGCGCGACAUACAACAUUGCAUUGAUCUUGUACCAGAUUCGGUGUUACCAAAUAGACCUCAUUACCGAAUGAGUCCGCGAGAGCAUGACGAGUUGCGCAAACAGGUUGAAGAUCUUCUUGCUAAGGGCUAUGUGCGGCAAACCUCUGUUUUUACAAAAUUAGAUCUUCGCAGUGGCUAUCAUCAAAUUCGAAUCAGACCUGGGGACGAGUGGAAAACAGCUUUCAGAACACGAGAAGGGUUGUUUGAAUGGUUGGUCAUGCCAUUCGGGUUGUCCAACGCUCCGAGCACUUUUAUGCGUGUGAUGAACGAAGCACUUCGACCAUUUAUUGGACGUUGUGUUGUGGUGUAUUUUGAUGAUAUCUUCAUCUUUAGUGCCUCUGUCGCUGAGCAUUUGUGUCAUCUCCGUGAUGUUUUGGUGGUUUUGCGCAAGGAAAAGUUGUUUGCUGCUACAAAGAAAUGUGUUUUUGGAGUUGAUCAUGUUCUGUUUUUGGGUUAUAUCAUCUCAUCUCAAGGUUUAGCAGUUGACCCGUCCAAGAUUUCGGCUUUAUAA